UUUGAGCACGUUAAAAGCUUUAAAUUGAAUUGUGGGAAGUUUUAUCUAUGAUUAUUGGCAACACUGUCUAGCCUCUAGCCUAAAUUAGUUGUUUUCUUCUGUUUGUACAUGAUUGUAACGCAACCGAAGAUUUAUGUAUUAUUAUUUAAUUUAUUAUUGAUCCAUUUUUUUUUUCUCUUAAAAAAUAUCCAUGGUUACCGGGACAAACUAAAAAUAUAUUUAGUUAGGUACCGAUAAAUAAUAUCAUUUGUUAACGAUACUAAAAAUAAUGCAUUUGAAAGUACUAACCAAACAAUAAACCACGGUAUUUUAUGACUGUUUCGCGUUAUAAUUCCAGAGUUUUCAUUUCACAUGCGUUUAAAUUUCGAUUUUUCGGAAAACAGACUGAUCGCACGCAUUUAUUCAUAAAAGUACAGUAUUUGGCGCCGUUGUGUGAAUUAUAUGUGAAAGUUAAUGCAGUUUGUUUCAAUUUAAUGGCGUCUUAAAUAAUUUGACAAAGUUGGUUUUCAUAUUAAUGCCUAGUUUUCUACGUUUAUCGCCGUUAUGGCGACUCCUACUAGCGGUAGCGGAAAUUUAGUUGAUGAAUUUGAAGAAGCUUUUCAGUCCUGUUUAAACGUAUUAACUAAAGAUGAACCAUCCCCAAAUUCUGAUAAAGAUGAAACAAAAGUGGAAGUUGAACAAACAACUUUACGAUUCAUUGAUUUGGCCCGCCAAAUGGAAGCAUUUUUUUUACAAAAACGUUUCUUAUUAUCAGCGUUAAAGCCGGAAUUAGUAAUUAAAGAAGAUAUAAAUGAAUUAAGAUUAGAAUUAGGUCGUAAAGAAGAAUUAUUAAAACGGCAUUAUGAAAAAAUUAAUCAUUGGCAAAAUAUGCUGGCCGACGUACAAGGUUGGGCUAAAUCACCAGCUCAAGGUGGUCCUACAUCGUCUGGUGUUAGUAAUGGUAGCGCAGUUACAUCUAAUAAUGGGAUGCCACAGCAAACUCCAAGUGGAUCGCAAACAUCGAAUCAAAUGGGUGUUAAUACAAUGUCAUCCACGUUACAACAGGUUCAGCAAAUGCAACAAGCUCAAUUACAGCAACAAAUGCAAGUGCAACUUCAACAACAGCAGCAACAACAAAUGCACGCUCAACUUCAACAGCAAAUGCAGGUAUCAUCACAGCAAGCAAUGUUUAUGCAACAACAAGGAGCUGGUCGAGGAGGUUUUGGACCUCAAGGACCUGGUGGUGCUGCAGUUCUACAGGGUCCUUUAGCAUAUCUUGAAAAAACUACUAGCAAUAUAGGCAUGACAGAUGGACGAAGGUGACGGGGGCGUGGGAGGGGGCGUGGCAGAGGUCGUGGUAGAGGUCGCGGUCGAGGGCGAGGUGCCCUACCUGACUAUGUCGCCCCAUGAGUCCCCCUCCCACGGGGAGUCCGAUAAUCGGAAUCGGACUAAAACUGGUAACUCAACCACAAAAUUUUGUUUACCAUUUCCUUUGAUUCAUUCCUUUUCAUAAUUAUGUAAAAAAGCGAUAGUUUUGUUCUUCGCAUAAUAUAUAUAAAAAUUUAGAUACGUAUUUCUAUUUACUACAGGAUGGCGCAAAAUGAACGUUAAUUUAUUUAAUUUCAAAUCUUUCCCAAUCUGAGUCUAACAUUGUAGAUUCUUUUAAGUCUAAUAUUUUAGAUCAAUUAUUGUAUUAUAAAUGCGUCUUUCCACUGCAGUGUAGUCAUUAUCAGUAUGAAUUAGAGAUGUAUAUUCAUCAUUAUUUUGGUGAAACUUUCACAAGGAUCAGAAAUUUUAUUUCAAUUAACUAGAGCUCUCCCUAAUUAUCUUUGAUUUUUAAAUAUUUAAGAGAGGCUAAAUCCGGUGAAAGGAAAAGCCAAUUGAAAUAACUUCGCGUAAAAUAAUAAUUCAAGCAAGACAUUCUACCUCAGCAGAGCAAUUGGAUCUCUCAUAGAUUGAAGUAUACGCUGUGGCACCAAAAAACUUCUUUACGACUUGAUAGUUUUCGAAAAUUUUCCACCAGUCGGUAUAUUGCCGGCUUCAAGUUUGCACAAUUGACUGAAAUUAAAAAGUUUGAAGCAAUCAAACUAUAACAAAUCAAAUCAAUAAAAAGAAUUUCACGAAAUCUAGUUCUUUCUCUGCUAUUUUCGGAUGUUUUGUCUACCUAUCGAUUCUACAAAUAUUUUUAGUUCUAAUUAAAACAAGAAUGCAAUAUUCAAUCAAAGUUAACAAUGAAAUACGUACCUUUAAAUUUUUAUAUACCGUAAUCUUUUUAUACUUCGCCUCAGUCCAGUCAGAGAACGUAUAUUGUUAUCAUUCCUUAAAUGUUUAUUAAUUUAUUUAAAUUUUUUAAUCGUUUCAUGAAAGGUGACCCAUUAGGUAAUCUGAAUUUAAUUUUGAACCGAUUAAUUUAAAACACAGUAUAUAAUUAAGAGCAAUUUUAUAGGUUUAAAAAAGAAAAACAUUAAUAUUUUUCAUAUAUUGAUGUACUGUAUUUGAAUUAAUUUGUUUAAAAUUAAAUACGGCCUGAAGAGCCAUGCUUUAUAACAGAAUGUUCAGUAAUUUCAAAAAUCGGAAAAUACACAGGGUUUUAGAAAUAUGGAUGAUUAAUAACGAUUGACUUACCUUUGCCAAUUUUUGUAAGAUCAUUAUUUUACUUAACUUACAAUCUAAUAAAAAUAGUUAAACGAUUGGAAGUGAUGAAAAAGCCGUAGAGGCUGUGAUCGUAUAUUAGAAUAAUAAAAACUGAUAAGAAAUAACUUCUUAUACAGUUAGUGGUAGUGAUAUACAAAUUUUGAUUUCGCUGAACAUUCUUUUUAA